AUGUUAGAUACGGAGCGAUUCAUUAUCGAAAUUCAAAACAGAGAUGCUCUGAGGAAUCAGUCGUCGGAUGAUUAUUCGAAUAAAAAUUUAAAAAGGCAAUUAUGGUUGGAGCUGACUGAUAUAUUUGGUGGGGAAAAUUUGGAAGAAAAAGAAAAAGGAGAACUUGGAUUAAGUCUUCAAAAGAAAUGGAAAAAUAUAAGAGACACCUUUAUGAGAGAGUUAAAAAGACGCAAGGGCGCCAAAAGCGGUUCAGCUGCUAAGCGUAAAUCAGCUUAUAUUUACUUUGAUCAAUUACAAUUUUUAAUGCCAACCUUAGAAAUUAAUGAGACCAGUGCAAGUUUAUCAGAAACGACGCCGGAAGAAAACGAUAAUCAAACAAAUGAGUUGACUGAUACUCCUGAAAAUACUCGCAAAAAAACAAAGAAAAAUACUGACAGCGAAGACUGCACUUCACGACAAGUGGAUAAGCUUACAGCAGUGUUAGAGCAGAGCAUUAAAGCUCGACAAGGAGAUAGUAUUCAAGAUUAUGAUAAAAUGUUUAUGUUAUCUUUAUUAAGUGGAUAUAAACAAAUACCAGAACUAUUAAAAUCAAAAGCACAAAUUGAAUUGAUUCAGGUAAUAGAUAAAUAUAAAUGCAAUCCUCAAUUUACUGGCUAUGGAUUUCCAAAUACUUCUUUUGAACAUAGUCAAGGUCAUACAGGCUAUUACACCCGGCCAAGAACGGAAAAUUACUCUCAACCAAAUCCAUCUACAUUGGAAUAUUCCCAAAGUAUAUAUCAACGUCAAGAAAGCCAACCUCGUCCAUCUUCUUCCUACUCCACAGCUUCUGGCGACCUUACUUUCCCUCACUCAAAUGAAUCUGAAGCUUCGGGUUUCAUUGAACUGUUUCCGAAUGAUUAA